GCGUGGACGGCCAGUACCCAGAAUUCGGCGCAGUACCUAGCAGUAGAUCUAGGACAGCGAUAUAUCAUAACCAGUGUUGCCACCCAGGGUAGAAGAGGUAGCGAUGAAUUUGUAACAGAAUAUUUUCUUGAGUUUUCUGAUGAUCGAGAAACUUGGAGAAUAUAUACCAAUGAAUAUGGUAUACCAGAGAUGUUCGAUGGUAAUACCAAUGGUUAUCAAGAAGUUAAAAACACCUUACGUUACCCAAUCACAGCUAGAUAUGUAAGGUUUAACCCACAACGAUGGAAUAUGUUUAUUUCUAUGAGAAUAGAGGUAUUUGGAUGUGUUUUUGUGCCCUAUGUAACAUCAUUCGGUGGUAGUGGAUAUAUCCAAUAUGAUCUCAGUCAGCAAGCCGUACAGACAGAGGAAGAUAAAUUAGAGCUACGAUUUAAAACCAAUAAACCUGAUGGAAUAAUAUUCUAUGCUAGUGGUAACCAAGGAGAUUUUGUGUUAUUAGAAAUGAGAAGAGGUUUCCUGUACUUCAGAUUAGAUUUAGGCUCCACACAAUUUACCCGAGGACGAACAGAAGUAAUUGGUGGCAGUUUAUUAGAUGAUCACAACUGGCACGAUGUUGUCAUCAGACGUCAGAAACACGAAUUACUCGUAGUAGUUGAUAGACUGGAAAAUAAAGUCAAAACAGAAGGCUUGUUUUACAGGCUAGAUCUGGAUAAAUUUGUAUAUAUUGGUGGUGUGCCCUAUUUUAAUCAAGAUGGUAUUGAAGUCAAGUAUAAUUUUGUUGGAUGUGUCGAAAACGUUGAUUUUAACGGAGCUAAAUUGUUGGUCGAUGCCAAAGCAGGGGAAUCAACUAUGAUUAGAAAAGUUGGCCCGGUUUCUUUUAGUUGUGGGUUGAGAUCUGAUCCACCACUAUCGUUCCCCACAUCUACAUCUCAUCUGUUAGUGAAGGGAGAUGGUACAGGCCCAGUCCGAGUACAGUUUGAAUUCCGUACCCAUGAUGAAAAUGGCUUACUACUGUAUCAUCCAUUAUUUCAAUUCAGUUUCAAUAAUUCAAUAAUUUUUAAUUUUUUGACUUCACUUAUAACUGUUUGCUCCUCACUCGAAACGUCUCUUGUUGUUUCAAAUUCAACCCGAAGUUUUACAGAUGGUUUAUGGCACACCUUCUCAAUCUAUGUGGAUGAUAAAAUGGUCAACUGUACAGUAGAUAGAAAUGUUAAAAUCUCUAAUAGAAGGCUUGAAAUAAGUGCUGGAACAGAUUUCUAUAUUGGUGGUUUUGAAAUUGUUACGAUGGGUUUCCGAGGCUGUAUGCGUAAAAUUGAAGUUCAGACGAAACAGAUUGAUCCCGAUGAUCCACAGAUUGUGACGAAUGUAGAUGCUGAUAUUGGUAGUUGUGGUAUCAGAGACAGAUGUACACCCAACCCAUGUGAACAUGGUGGACGAUGUCAUCAAGAUUGGAAUAGUUUCUAUUGUAAUUGUGAUGGAACUGGAUACAAAGGACAGUUGUGUCAUAUCUCUGCUUAUCAAGUAUCAUGUGCCAUGCACAAACUGUAUUCAAAUGUUGAAGGAGUAGAAGAUGCUAUGAUAGAUCCUGAUGGUUCUGGACCUCUGAAACCAUUCCCUGUACAAUGUGAUACUGUAUCAGAAAGAAUAACAAAAACUAAAAUAUCACAUGACAGUAUGAGUAGAAUCACAGUCAAUGGUUAUGAUGAACCAGGAUCGUAUGUACGGUUGAUUAAUUACGUCACUGAUCUUCCAGAGCUUACAGAGAUUAUAGAACGAGCUCAGAGCUGUCGUCAAUUUAUUCAGUAUUUCUGCAAUAAUUCACGACUUUUAGCUCCAAUCAACUCAGUCAACAACCAAAAUAGUAACUUACCCCGUACAUAUGGUUGGUGGGUCGGUAGAACAUUUCAACCUAUGUAUUAUUGGGGUGGGGCAGCCCCAGGCUCAGGGAAAUGUCAGUGUGGGUUGGAAGAGAAAGGUUGUGAGGGUGGCAGUACGACUUGUGAUUGUGAUGCUAUGUUACCAGUAGAGAAAAAUGAUGGUGGAUAUUUGGUCCAUAAAGAAUAUCUACCAGUUAUUGAGCUCCAUUUUGGUGAUACUGGAACAGUCACUGAUAAUAAAUUAGGAGCUCAUCUUCUUAAAGAGUUGGAAUGUGAGGGAGAUGAUUUAUUUGAUAAUGUGGUCACGUUCCGUAAAGCUGAUGCUACAAUAGAAUUUGCCACAUUUGAGGCAGAGAACGCUGGUGAUAUUUGGUUCCAGUUCCGUACAACUACCACUGAUGGUGUCAUGAUCCAUAACACAGGACCUGUUGACUUCAUUGAGGUCAGACUCUUCCAAAUGGACACGAUUCAGUUCCGUUAUAAUGUUGGUAAUGGAGUAGUGGUGUUGUCGUUUAAAUCACCAGGACCUCUGAAUGAUGAUAACUGGCAUACUGUACAUGUUGAACAUAAUCGUAAACAGGCUUGGAUGAGAAUAGAUGAUCAACCAGAUGUAUUUGUUAGUGAAGAUUCUGAUUUAAUUAGAAUGUUAGAUCUUACUGGACAGCUGGUUAUAGGAGCUGCGGUAGAUUAUAAUGAUGGAUAUGUAGGAUGUAUGAGGGGUCUACGUGUUAAUGGUCAGUUGUUAGAUAUGAGAGGUAUGGUAGAGAGAGGAGAGGUUACUUAUGGUGUUUCUGUUGGGUGUGUAGGUAAAUGUAGCAGUAGUCCAUGUUUUAAUGGUGGUACAUGUCGUGAAGGAUAUUCUGGUUACACCUGUGAUUGUUCUUAUACACCAUUUAGAGGCUGGAUGUGUGGACGAGAGGUUGGAGUGAAUUUACAAAAGAAUUAUCAAGUAAAAUAUGAGUUUGAUGCCAUUCAAGGUCUCUCUGCCUCGGAUUUCCAGUUUGCUCGAGUUGGAUUCUCCACGAAAGAAAAACAGGGAAUUUUGUUACAGAUUAGAAAUGAGGCUAAUACUGAAUAUAUUACUGUAGAGGUCAAUAACAAUGGUGGAGUGAGGGUAGCUUUAGAUGUAGGUUUUCAGAGAGAAGAGGUGAAUACACCUAAUCAGGGUAUAGAUUAUACAAAUGGACAACAACAUGAAGUCGUAGUGCAACGUAGUAAUAAAGGACGUACCAUUAAAGUACAGGUUGAUAAUUAUGCUCCAUCUAUUAAAACAUUUGAUGUAGCUGACAAUGGUGAUACUAUUUUAGAUAAUCCUAAAUAUCUAUUUAUUGGUAGCAACAAUACUGCGGAUACAUCUAGAGGUUUUGAAGGAUGUAUUUUCAGAGUUCAGGUGGAUAAUAUUUUCCCUUUAAAACGAGCUUUCCAAGAUCCUAAACCUGAUUUUAUCACUUUAAAUCCACCAGUAAAAGAAGAUAUGUGUGGUUUUGAAGAAAUAACACAACCUGGAGAUAUUUUAGAGUCCCGUCCUAAAGGGGUACCUGAUUUUCAUAUGAUAAAAUUAUUCUUUUCAGCCAUUUUAGCAAUAGUAUUUUUAUGUUCCAUCAUAUUCCUGGUGUUUCUAUUCCGACGUAGAGACAAGGGAGACUAUGAUACACAGGAAGCUAAAGGUGCAGACGUGGCAGAUAACCAGGAUGCAGCAGUCAUGUACAAUGAAACUGGUAUUGGUGAAAUAGCUAAACGACAAGAAUGGUUCAUGUAG